CUGUGUCAUUGGAGGUCAUGCACUUUAUUUUUGUUCGUACAAAUUUGUCUCGUUAAACUUAAUACCCAUAUUUUUGUUAGAAAUAAAUUAAAUUACUUAAAAAAAUCCUGUUUUACAAAGUUAUGUGAGAAUUGAUUUAACGAAAACAUAAUAAUGGCAGACCAGUUUUGUUUACGUUGGAAUAAUUUCCAGACGAAUAUAGUUAGUGCCUUAGAUUCCUUAAAGUGUUCAGAAGAUCUGGUCGACGUAACAUUAACUUGUGAAGGCAGAAACAUCAAGGCUCACAAAGUUAUACUCUCAGCAUGCAGCCCGUACUUUAGGAAUGUGUUCAAGGAAAAUCCAUGUCAACAUCCUGUUAUAAUUCUGAAGGAUGUCUCUGCUGAUGAUAUACUCAGCCUUUUGUCCUACAUGUAUCAAGGAGAAGUAUUUAUCGAAGAAAGUAAACUGUCAUCAUUUUUGCAUACAGCAGCUUUGCUUCAAGUAAAGGGCCUGACUGGGGUAACACAACAGAAUGAAAGCUUUUUCUCAAGUGGUGCUACUAACAAACUUUUUACUCAGCUAACCAUAUCAUCAAAACCAAAUUUUGGAGUUCCACACAAAGAGGCCAAAAUUCCUGCACUUAAGAAACGACGGAGUAGCACUUCGGACAAGCCCAAUGAUUUACCAGUCAAUGACAGUACCAAGAAGAGUAAAGUAUUAGAAACUAGUGAGAUGUAUAAUAGAAACAAUGGUGCUUCAACUGUUAAACUGGACAAUAUAUUGUUUGUACCAGAGAACCAUAUUGAAAAGAGAAUUGAAAAUAAAACCGAACAACCAGUUACAGCUAAUGGAAAGAACCCAGCAACCCAGAAUAAUGCACAAGAUGACAUUCCAGUUACUGUUAAAACAGAAUACAUUGAUGAGAACAGCUCUCCAGCUCAAAUUCAAUCUAUUAAUAUUGACAACGAUGAUAGUCUUCCCGAUUAUGAGAACAGUAUGCUUGCCAGAUCCCUAAUAUCAGGAAUCAACCCUUCAAAAAGUGAUGCCUGUGCCAACAAUCCAGUUUCAAAAAAAAUGUCAAACUUAACUGAUAUGCAUACUAUUAGUCGAUUAAAAGAAUCAAGCAUGGAUACUAUGAAUUCUCCUAAUCCCAGCUCCAAAAGUCCAAUAAAGUCUCUAACAAAUGAAGAAUCAUUAGUGAAGGCAGAAAAGCCAUCACCAAAAUCAGAUAUGGACUAUGAACCAGAAGUGCUUUUGUCGGAACAUCAGGAUGGAACAGAUUCAGAGUUGUACACUCAAGAGCAGUCACAAGCUUUAUUAUUAUUGGCAGGAAUGUCCACUGUACCUGUAUUGUCAAGUGGUGCCUCUACAUCUCAAAGUAUGACUCACCAGCAAUCAAAUCAUGCUGCAAUUUGUGGUGACUGUCCACAUUGUGGAAUGAAAUAUUCCAACCAAUCAGCUCUCAAAUAUCAUGUAAGAUUAAUGCACUCAGAUCUGACAAACCGGUUAUGUUGUUAUCUUUGCCCAAGAUCGUUUACAAUGAGAGAAACAUUCAAAGAACACAUGUGGGCCAGUCAUGGCCAGCGAAAUUAAUAUCUCAAUAAACAAAAUGUGCCUUAGAUUUACACACAAGAAAAUUUGUGCCUUAAACUAUUUUUAUACGAAAUUUAUGACUACCGAACUAUUAGAAAAAAUAAAUUAUUGUUAUAAAAUAUAUUUACAUGAAUGAGCAUUAUGAUAUUAUGAUGAGGAAAUUUUGUUAAUAGUUACAACUAUUAUAAUGAAAGUUGUGCUUACAAGUUUCAAGGACAACAAGAUCUCUCCCAAAAUAGAUAUUAUGAAUUAGUAAUGACGGUGCAAAAAUUAAGGAGCUGUUUGAAGAUAAAUGCACUUUUGGUGCUACAAAUUAUUGAACAUAUAAUUAUUUAAUGUCAAGAAUUUUUACUACUAUAUUAGUAGCAAUAAAAACUAUUUUUAUAUAUACUUAAUGUAGUUAUAAAAGGUCAUCAGUCUCUCAUAUCAUAACUUAGUAAAGUGACAAAUCAUUAGUUAUAUCCGAUCCGAACAAUAUUGUUAUUAAGUAUUGCUUUGUUACUUGAAGUGAAUGUAGUGAUGUCAUUAUUUAUUAACAAUAUGUUAUUUAGGAUAAAAUUUUGUUAACUAUUAGACAUACUUAAACUCGAAACUAAUAUUUUUAUACCCAUGAUUUUCUUUGUCUUUGAGAUUGAGAGUACAAGAAAUUAUCAGUAUUACACACAGAUUUUUUAUUUGGCAAGCAUAAAAAAUCCAAGAGUGACAUUCUUUUUGACACUUGAGUUUUCUUAAUCCGCAAACAGUAUUUGCAAUCGACAAUAAAAUAUUGAUGAUUCUACAUUGAAAAUUAGUUCAUGUCACUUUGGUGAUAUAAUUUUGGUGAGAUGUGCCAAAAUGAUAUACCUGAUAAUUAUUUUAAGUAGUUACAUUAUACAGAUUUUAUAUACCUAUUUAUAGUUACCAUGCUAUUUUAAUAUUCCACUAAGAAAUAUUUUCUUCAGUUAUGUAAUAUUAUUUUUGUUUCGUUCUUGAUUGUUAAGUAUGUAUAUUGAAGAUUGUUAUAAAUAACUAUUGGGUUAUGAAUUUUUAUGGAUGAAAAUACAUUUAAUGUGUUAUUUUAUGUGUAAAUGCCAUUAGUGAAAAGUAUAAAUUAUUCAAGAAAGUUUAGUUACUAAGAAUCGUGGAUUGUUAAGAAACGUGGAUUGUAGGAAUUAAGAAAGUAUAUAUUCAUAAGUUCACUUUUUAUUGUAGUUAAAUAUAUAAUGUUUAAUAUUGUUGAGUAUUUUAUGCGAAAAUUUUACAAA